UGCGAGGUCACCGUAUACCUGGGCUUAAACAUCCGAGGUUCAUGGAGCAUCACUGAGGUGUUUUUCGUCAUAUACUGAAAUGGACGAAGGCAGCGGCAUCAGGAUGAGGAGGGAGUCGCAGAACGUCUCCACGGGCCUCAGCGCCGACUGUCAGGCGAAAGACAAGAAGCCUGGGAAAGCUACUGUGCUUCAGAAAGAUGUCGGCUUGUUGAGUGCCAUCUGUCUGAUCGUGGGCACCAUGAUCGGCUCGGGCAUCUUCAUCUCCCCGAAGGCCGUUCUGCUUUACUCGGGAGCGGUUGGACCAUGCCUUGUCAUCUGGGCGGCCUGUGGGGUGUUAGCCACGAUGGGAGCACUGUGCUAUGCUGAGCUCGGCACCAUGAUCACCAAAUCUGGGGGAGAGUAUUCGUAUUUAUCGGAGGCUUUUGGCCCCCUCCUGGCCUACCUUUACUCCUGGACCACCAUCAUGGUGCUGAAGCCCUGCUCCUUCGCCAUUAUCACUCUGAGCUUCGCAGAAUACGCCGCCACUCCUUUCUACCCCGGCUGUGGUCCUCCUCUUGUGGUGACCAAGUGUCUGGCAGCAGCAGCUGUAUUUAUAAUCGUCAGUGUCAACUGUUUGAGUGUCAAACUGGCGAACUACGUGCAAAACUUCCUCACAGUCGCCAAACUUUUCAUCAUCCUCGUCAUCGUCGUAGGCGGCAUGGUAAUGCUGGCAAAAGGAAACACAGAGAAUCUGUCCAACGCAUUUGAUGGCAAAUCGGCGUCUAUUGGAGCGAUCGGACUCGCGUUUUAUAACGGGCUUUGGGCUUAUGAUGGAUGGAAUCAACUGAAUUUCAUAACAGAAGAGCUCAAACAACCAUCCAGGAACCUGCCACUGGCCAUCCUCAUCGGGAUCCCGCUGGUAUCCGUCUGCUACAUGUUGGUCAACGUGGCGUACUUCUCCGCGAUGACCGCCACUGAACUGCUGUUGUCUCCGGCUGUCGCCCUGACUUUUGGAGACAGAGUCCUGCACCCACUCUCUUGGAUCGUUCCUCUCUUUGUCGUUUUCUCUACAUUCGGCUCUGCCAAUGGAAGCUGCUUCACGGCCGGCAGACUGGCCUAUGUAUCUGGCAGAGAGGGUCACAUGGUUAAAAUAUUAUCCUAUAUUAGCCUGAAGCGCUACACUCCAGCCCCUGCUCUUAUGUUCAAUGGUCUUUUGGCUUUUUUCUACACUCUCCCAUCAGACAUCAACACCCUCAUUAACUACUUCAGCUUUGCUCAGUGGGUGUUUUACGGCCUGACGGCGCUGGCUCUCAUCGUCAUGCGCUUCACCCGGAAGGAGCUCCAUCGCCCUGUGAAGGUGCCGAUCGUCAUACCGGGCCUAAUCGUCCUGGUGUCCUGCUACUUAGUCCUGGCUCCCAUCAUUGAUAAGCCAGAACUGGAGUACCUUUACUGCACUAUCUUCAUCUUCAGUGGACUUCUCCUCUACUACCCUUUCGUACACCGGAAGGUCAACUGGGCGCGCAAACUGAUGAGGCCCAUCACCAUGCAUCUCCAGCUGCUGAUGGAAGUAGUUCCUCCUGAUAAAGAGCCCAAUGAGGGAGGAAAUGGAACUGACAACCAGGUCAGAUCAGAACCCCCACCUCCCAAUUCACUUCUAUUGAAUUCAGCUGCUUGUCAAAAGUAAAAAGGGGAUGCACGGUGUUUAUGUAAACCCAUACGUACGAGUGUAAUAUGAAAUCAUUUGUCGUGUGGGCUCAUGGACAAAACACAGGAUUCACAUCCUAGAGUCAAAGUGAUAUUAGAAUUCAUUUGGAUAUGCUCUUUAAAAAUAAAGGCGCAGAGGAGUUUGAGGGUUGGACCACUGCCUCACACCAAGAAAUAAAUCACUGACCAAAACACAACUUUACUAUGAAGAUAAUCAGCAUGCACAGGAAUCAUUCAGCAAAAGAUGUUAAACAUUUCUUAAUGAUGUGCAAUAAAGGUUUUACUGGGCCAAAGAGCACUUGAGGUAGAGCUGUUAGGAUUUAGACGUGCUUGAGCAAAGGGAAGGCAACACGAAGGCUCAGCAGAUCAGAAGAAGCUUUUAUUGAUGUUGCUCCUGCAUGUGGUUGUAAACUGAAACAUCAGUUUCUUUCAGGAUGUUUAUUUAAUAACGAUUUCACACUGCAAUAUACUGAACCAGUGCUGCAUUGUGUAAUCUAUGGUGGUUAUUAAAUGUAUCAAUCUUGUUGAAAGUGGACAUUGGGGAACUUUUUGUUGUUGUUGUGAUUCUAGCAAAUAUCCCCACUGGGUUUUCCAAUGUCCUUUGCAAAACGCACAUUAUUUCUAUUGUAGGUUAUAACCUCACGCACAACACAGCCACGUGUGGCUAGUGAUGUGUGACUAUGAAGUAUUAUGAGAUAUGUAUGUUUUAAACAUCAAAAACUGUCUCUAAAAAAUAUGUUGGACUCUUUUUCUGAUAGUCUAAUCAUAAUAAACUUCAACAA